CAGCUGUGUAUGAUUGAUCAUGCCUGUGCUCGGUGCUGGAUUCCUUUCGCCUGCCGCAGACCAUCUCACAGGAAGACGCACGAUCACAUUGCUGUGAGAAUACACAAUAGUAAAGAAAAAUAAAGUGUGUUGAUUAAUAAAAGCAUGGACCGCUUGGCUUCGUAUGGAAGUGAUCCCUUUGACAAGCCUUCAUGCAAGGGCUGCGCCUCGACCCUGAAGGAGCCCUACAUCAAGUGUGCCGAGUGUGGACCCCCGCCUUUCCUCGUCUGUCUGCAGUGCUUCACCAGAGGAUUUGAAUACAAAACGCAUCAAAGCGAUCACAAGUAUGAGAUCAUGACGUCCGAUUUCCCAGUGCUGGACCCCAGCUGGACCGCACAGGAGGAGGUGGGGUUACUGGAAGCUGUGAUGGACUGCGGCUUUGGGAACUGGCAGGACGUGGCGAAUCAGCUCCGUACGAAGAGCAAGGAGGAGUGCGAGAGUCACUACAUGAAGCACUUCAUCAACAACCCCCUCUUCUCCUCCACCUUACUGAGCCUGAAGCAGAUGGAGGAGGCCCGCACCGCCGACACAGCCAUCCCAUUCAGACUUUGUGGGUGUUGUUCAGCCGCAGGAGACGACCCCCCUCGACCCACGUUCGACUCCCUGCUCUCCAGAGACAUGGCAGGGUACAUGCCUGCCCGGGCCGACUUCAUGGAGGAGUUUGAUAAUUACGCGGAGUGGGAUUUGAGGGACAUAGAUUUUGUUGACGACGAUUCUGACGUACUGCACGCCCUGAAGAUCGCAGUUGUAGACAUAUACCACUCAAGACUGAAGGAAAGACAGCGCAGGAAAAAAAUAAUACGUGACCACGGCUUAAUCAGCCUGAGGAAAUUUCAAAUGUUGGAAAGACGUUACCCCAAAGAAGUUCAGGACAUGUACGAUGCCAUGAGGCGCUUCGCCAGGGUGCUUGGGCCGACUGAGCAUGACAAAUUCAUCGAGAGCCACGCCUUGGAGUUUGAACUUCGGAGGGAGAUCGCACGACUUCAGGAGUACAGACGAGUGGGAAUCCAAACCUUCUGCAGUGCAAAAGUGUACGACCGCCUGAAGAGGUCCCGAGAGGAGGAGAGGAAGAAACGCAUCAUGCUGUCUGAGGUGCUGCAAUACAUCCAGGACAGCAACGCCUGCCAGCAGUGGCUGCACAAGCAGGCUGCCAUAGACGCCGGUCUGAACCCAGUGGUGGCAGCCAUCUCCAGCUCAGCCGUGGGAAGAAGAAGCGCGCCGCCUCUGAACCUCACCGGCCUGCCAGGGACUGACAAACUCAAUGAGAAGGAGAAGGAGCUGUGCCAGGUGGUGCGUUUGGUGCCCGGAGCGUAUCUGGAGUACAAGGCAGCGCUGGCGAACGAGUGUCGCAGACAGGGGGGCCUGAGGCUGGCACAGGCCCGGGCACUGAUCAAGAUCGACGUCAACAAGACACGCAAGAUCUACGACUUCCUCAUCAGGGAGGGCUACAUCAACAAAGCCUAGCCCAUCUGAAAUGUAACUAGCCAACCGGCCAGAGCUGCCUGCUCCUAAAUAACACCCCCACCCCCCACCCCCACACCCCUCAAUCCAUCCCCCAAGAGGAAUGUGGAACUCAUUUUACAUCGUACUGCUGAGACAAACAGUACGUUCUGGGAAAAGAGCAGGAUCACAUCAGAAUAUAUCUUUCCAGGCAGUUAUUAUACGUACACAGCGCUUUGAGAAGACCUGGUCUUCAAAGGCACAUUAUAAGUGCAGUGUUGAUGUUGUAGGUAUUGAAAAGAGAUUCGGUCUGCAUUUCUGAUCUCUUAACAUUCAGGCAAACCGGGGACCAUGUGCUGUGCGUGAUGAACUGAAAACGCAGGCAGACAGUGUGUUGUGUUCUGGGCUACACACAGUGCCGGAAGCCUUGGAUCUUGGAAUGGGACAGACCGAGCAACGUUAGGGUCUCACUUUAAUACCAGGGCUGGCAAGCCAUCAAGACUUCUCCCUUGAAGGUUAGAGACACAAGCUUGAAAUCGGCAGAUGGGAACCGAUCCCAGCCUCUGCAGGCGUUGGGCUCUGUAUUGUGCCACUGCUGGUGCUCGCAGAUCUCCUUGGCUCUUGCACAGUGCCAGGAAUCAGUGGGGUGUGUCUGUUUUACUACUCUACAGCAUGGAGCUGCCUGCUGUCCUAGACCACACCAUUGGGCUGUAUAACCUUUCAGUUUUUUCAAUGCAGCCGUUGACUUGUAGGACGAAUAUGAUUGGCUGUAGAUUCAACGGAGUGACUCUGAGAAGGUACUUGAUUGGUCGCCACUGGGUGGUGCAGACCUCUGAUUGGCUGAACAGACUGUCGAAAAUCCAACAGGAAGAAAUAGGAGAGGUGUGGCAAUUUUUUUGCUUUUUUUAACGUAUUUAUUAUUUUAAAUGUACAGUAUUUAGUCACGUAUUAAAAAAAAAAAAAGUCUUGAUUCAUGAAACGGUAGUGUUUUGUUUUUUUUGUUUGUGUGAAGGGAGAAACUAUCCUAUUGUGUGUCUGGUGUGUACUGUUACAGUUCAGUGCGUUGUGUUUGUGCACGUAGUUAGGACUUGGCAGGGAGGGGUUUGUGUAGCUUUAUGAGUCUGUGUGCUGCCAGCUGUCUGAGCUACAGCGUUAAUGGCAUUUGAGGGAUGAUUUGCCCAGUCAUAUUUGGCACCUGCCUCUGAAGCUAGGAAAAAAAAAAGGUUGAGAGAUAAUGCUCUUCUACAAAGUCUUCUGCACCAGCCCUAUGACAAAAAUCAAUGUGGGAUCUGUCACCUGCAGCUGAUUAAUGUGGGGGUUUAAUCUCCUCACUGACAGAUUGUCAGGCCUUGCAAAAGUGACAGAGAGCACUGCCUUCUAGCUCAUGAGUCUUCCAUGUAUUCGCUACUCUUUUCAUGUCUUCACUCACGAAAGCCUGUGAAUCGCAGAAACGUCGCAGCAUUCAUCCAGGUGGCUUGUAGAUAGUGUAAGGUGUUGCGUGUUCGCUGCUUCACGCUGUAUAGUAAUUCACUGCUCCUGAUCAACUCCAGAAAUGUUUGGGUUUUUUUUUUUUCAAAUGCAAGCUGUCAGUUUCUGCUGAUGCGUCAUCCUGCCAUUUUGUUCAAUUGACACUUUUGAAAAGGUGACACAAACUGUUGGAGGAGCGUUGAAUUAGUGAGAAUUUCGGAGUGAAACAGAUGUUUUGGUGAAAGCUGAGACGCCUACGCUUCUUCCUAAUUUGGAAGAACCUGGCGGCCCUGUAAUAUGU